AAUCGAAUGCUGAAUAAAAGAUACAAAUUCCGCCACACUCCGUCCGAUUGCAAUACCUAAUCAAAAUUGCCCAAGAACAGAAUUGUUACUAAAAAAAAAAUAUCAGUCGAUAUUAUUAAAUUAAAUAUAACAUAUUUUCUCAAAAUGGGAUUAGACUAUGGAGUUUACAAAUCUGACCGGGUAAAAGAAAGGAAAAAAAGUGUGGUGUUAUUUUAAAAUGCCGCUUGAAUACAUAUUUCAAAUUUGAAAAUUCUGAAACAAUCCCUUUCUCUCUCUCUCUCAUUCUCCAUUACAAUGGGAGUAAAGAAUUUGUGGGACAUCCUCGAAUCCUGCAAGAAAACGGUUCCACUUCACCAUCUCCAGAACAAAAGGGUGUGUGUGGAUCUCUCGUGUUGGAUGGUUCAGCUUCAGAGUGUGAGUAAGUCUCAUUCUUGUUUGAAAGAGAAAGUUCAUCUUAGAGGACUCUUUCAUCGUCUUAGAGCUCUCAUUUCCCUCAAUUGUACUGUCGUUUUAGUUUCAGAUGGAUCAAUUCCUGCCAUUAAAUUAUCGACUUAUAGGCGUCGCUUAAACAAUGGAAAGGAGGUAGCCCAAAAUGAAACUAACCUACAGAAAGUGACAUCAUUACGGAGAAACAUGGGGUCUGAGUUUUCCUGCAUGAUUAAAGAGGCGAAAUUCUUGGGUUUGGCUCUCGGCGUUUCUUGUUUGAAUGGGAUUGAAGAAGCUGAAGCUCAGUGUGCUUUGUUGAACUUUGAAUCAUUAUGUGAUGGAUGUUUCAGUUCAGAUUCAGAUAUAUUUCUUUUUGGUGCAAGGACAGUGUACAGGGAUAUCUGCCUCGGAGACGGCGGAUAUGUUGUAAGUUAUGAGAUGGCAGACAUUGAAAGUAAACUUGGAUUCGGACGAGACUCGUUGAUUGCUCUUUCUUUGCUUCUUGGCAGUGACUAUUAUCAAGGCGUUCACGGUCUUGGUCCGGAUUCAGCAUGUCAGAUAGUUAAAUCAAUUGGGGACAAAUUUGUUCUAAAAAAAUUUGCUUCUGAAGGACUUGGAUGGUUGAAAAAACGAAAAGGAAGUGGAAAUAAUUUAGGAAGGGAUGAUGCAAUUUUACAAGUGAUUGAUGCUUAUUUGAAGCCAAAAUGCCACUCAGCAGAUUCAGAUAUUGUUCUCAGGACUUUUGCUCAGUAUCCAUUUCAACGCCUUAAACUCCAUGAAAUAUGUGCUGAAUUCUUUGAAUGGCCUUCAGAGAGAACAGAUGGCUAUAUUCUUCCUUGUAUAGCUGAAAGAGAUUUACGACGAUUUGCCAAUUUGCGAUUAACUUCGUCUGAACUCGGACUGAACCUUCCUUUACAUGAGAUCCCUGUAAAGUGUCCUGUCUCAGAAAUCGUUAAGAGUCGACGGGUUCAAGGGAGAGAAUGCUAUGAGGUUUCUUGGAAAGACAUGGAUGGGCUUGAAACUUCAACAGUACCUGCAGAUCUUAUAGAAAGUGCUUGUCCUGAGAAGAUUUCGGAAUUCGAGGAGAAAAAAGCUCUUAAGAAACAAAAUGUUCAAAAAAGAAGACCAAAGAAAAAGGAAACUAUGUCUUCAAUGGCUGAACUUGAUCUAAAACUGCAGAAUUUAUUAUUAGAUGAUAAUUUGGCAGACCAAACCAACCAAAAUUCCUCUGAUUCUAUAGAAAGAAUAUUAAGAGAAACAAGUGCUAUGGCUGAAGCUGUUCUUAAUACACAAGAUUUGGUGCUAUCACAUGAUGAUGACAUAGAACAUGAUGCUUGGAUUCAGAAUAUCAACAAAAACAUAUCAAGCAAUGAAGAUGUUUCAUGUAAAGAUAAAAAUGUUGUCAUUGAUCUUCUAAGUCCUUCUCCACUUAAGCCAUCAAAUACUUCAAAAUUCCAUUCAUCAAGUGAUCAACAUAUUGAAGUGAUUAAUUUGAGUGAUUCAGAAAAUGAAAUGUCAAUUGAACACAAGCAGAAAGCUAAAGAGCUGAGAUUGUUCUUAGCAAGUAUUAGAAAUGAAAAUCAUUGAAUAGUAGUUUUUGUA